AUGGAAGGAGGUCGCUGGAUUUGGGCUGUGGCAGUAGUUGUAUGUAGGUCGUUUUUUUUAACUGGGUUCGUUUUAAGGGUGGCGUUGUUGCCGCGGUUGUCGUGGGUGGAGUAGUCGCAAAGUUUCUAUUCAAGAAAAAAGAAAAGGUCACUCUACUCGGACCUUCAAUCAAAGUCUCACUAAGAUUGGUUGACAAAGAAGUAAGAUAAUCCGUCACAUGCAUCUCUUAGAAAAUCACACAUGACUCCUAUAUCUACACCUUUGCUUUGCCAUCAAGUGGUCAUAUUCUUGGUCUUCCUGAUGGUAUCAUUUUCCAAGCUUUGCUUAGCGCUUAAUCUAGGAUGCUGCGUUCGGCUCCACGCGCGUAUUGAUGGAGAGAAUGUCGUUCGCCCUUACACACCCAUUAGCUUACACUCAGAUCGUGGAUAUGUCAAAUUCUUAAUAAAGGUAAGUGUUCAGACUUUUUAUUAUCGAUAGUCUUUUUGGUACGCCUCUGACCGGUCCCCUUUUGUAUAUGUAGUGAUUGAGUGUCAUUUGAUUUUGGACUAUAUUUUAUGCCAGGCAUGAUCUUCAGCCUUAACUUUCAUGUUUCAAUCGACCCCCGUGGAAUUUCGCAGAACUUUAAUUCCGAGACUUGAUCGUCCCUCUUCAUUAUUACUGGAUAUAUAAAUGUGCUGGUUGGCCGGUUGGUCCUCCAUCGUAGUUGUGCGUUUUUCAGGUCGAAUGGUUAAGUUUUCAUGAUCGUAGAGCAUGUUCUUAAUUUUAAGUUGUUUACUUUCAAAAAUGAGGUAAACCCAAGAGGGGCUAGUCCGUGUCAGCCCAUCCGCCGGCUCUACGGCACUUCUAUAAGUCGCGGAUGGUAUGGCGGCCUUCGUUAAAUACCUUUUGUGGAAUAGAUAAGAUUCAGUGUCUGACGAAUAAGUCGCCGUCAGGCGUUUCCGGUUGCUGACCAGGCAAAUCAGUGACCUAUGCAUGAGUCACAGUAUGACUGUGUUGUCUAUCAUCUCUAAGACGUACCCAACUACCCAUUUAUACGGCUCUGAGUCUGGCGUAUUGACCGAAUAGAACUGAGAACCACGUCUGUACCAUAUAACAUUCGGGCUGCAGCAAUCAUUGUUGCUUAUCUGGCCGUCUGUUAUAACUUGAGCCGUGUCCGAGCGAAAUUGGAAUUUACCCCGGUGGGACCACUAUUUCGGUUUUGCUUGUCAUCGCCAUUUAUUUGAGGCCCGAACUGCCGUCUAUUAAAUGGAUACCAUCACUCCAGUAAUGGCAUCUCAGUUUUGGAAUUCGGUCUGUACCUACUCAUACAAACAGGUUUGCGUGACACUAGCGCCAGUGACGGUCGGAACACCGUUGUAUUUUUUGUCAUCCGUACGAGUCAGGAGUCUGGUGCGAACUCACAACGCAGAAGUCUGUUUCUCAACUGCUUUAUCUGUAGAAAAGGCACUACGUUUGCCUCAGUAUUAGACUGCGGAGCUCUACCCUAUAGUGCAAUGCCUAAAAUGCAUCAAACUGGUCAUAAGGAAUGUCUCAACUUUUUCAUCCAGAAUAUGAUUCGUAAAACCCCAAGGUAGUUACUAGACCGUUCGAAUGUCUAUGGCUUAACUGCUACCUCGUUGAAUUUACUUGAUGGAUUAUUUGACUAAAGUUUUUUGAAAAAAAUGGGUUUUCACACUACGAUGUUCGCUGGUGUCUGGUCCUGGCUUGUCAUUCUUUAAAAAUUGCCCCGACUAAAUCCAGUUCGUCUCUCACCUUUCUUGUGUAAGUCAGGAGUGACUGUAAAAACUUCAAAUACCUGCUACAUCUCCCCGCUUUCCGUGUAGACUUACCGCAAAAACGUCCAUCCCAACUUCCCAGCCGGCGGCAAGAUGACUCAGUUUCUCGAGUCUCUCACUAACGACAGUUGCGUCGAAGUUAGCGGCCCGUGCGGUAAUCUCGUCUACAAAGGCGACGGUAAGAUCAGUUCGAUUGUCUGGGCUCCUGAGUCAUUGGUUUUAUGACGGGCUUUUGAAUGGUCCAACUUUUGACGGCUUAAACUAAUUGUUCCUUCUUUACUAGUUAUGCCUGUCACAUGUUACUGCUAUGAAAGAUAGGCUGGAGGAGGUUACACAGGUUCCGAAAUAAUUUUAAACUAUAGUUGUGGAAUACUCCUUGAUGGAAAAAUUCCCAAGGGGUGGAUCUAGGUUGGUCGCCAUGAAUUGCUGUGUCUUAUGCCCACGUGCUGAAGAGUCUCGGCUUUCCCACUCAGACACAUGACUCUUCUGAUCACGUCCAGUUUGAAUUUCUUUGUCUGCGGUUCCCAACUGGCUUAUUCAGGUUAUUUAGCACAUUCCCUAGCCAUAGCAGACACUGCAGAUCCGCUGCCCUGCUAAUCUUUUAUACCGGAUACCGAAGAAUACUCACUUGUUAGCGUCGCUGUCGUUUUUAAUGCACGUCCUAAUGCGAAUUUCCUUAAACAUUGAUCUCCGAAUUUGCUGCCAUAUUCCAGCACAAGUGUUGCUGAACCUUGCUUCCAACACAACGCCCAGUUUGGUUUCCUCUAAUGUUUCGCCAACGAUUGCCCUACACGGUCAUGUUAUUAUGGUGUUUAAAGUACAUUUUGCAAUCAAUGCAGGUUGGUCUUAAGGCUCCUUUACCUCAGUAUGUCUCACGGAAAAGUAUGAACGUCAGGAGUCACUUACUUGGUAUCCACUUACUAUUUGCAGGUGCGUACUUGUAAUGUCUAGGGAAUUUAGAGUUCAUUACUGGUAGUUGCCCUAUCUUGCCGCAAAAUGGAUAGAGUAAACAGAAAUGUCCGAAGGGGAAGUACAACUUGCAUAUCACUUUAUAUUUGACAGAUUAAACACCGAGUUAGACGGCUUUCAUGGUUUAGCUAAUACGUAAAAGACCAUUCUCUCCGUCUUUACACUCAUAUCAUUUGGUGAAUCUUGCUGUCAGCAUUUACCUCUGUUACGGUAGGGCUAGACUUUUGCUGUGAUUGUUGCAUUUUUAUGCCGUGGUCAGGUAAUUCCUUAGUGUGGACCUGUAUACUCCACCCAAUUUUUUAUUUUUUUCUGUUGACUUCAGGCUGUUUUGAGAUCAAAGGCUCAAACCCUCGGAAGAUCCGCGCUACGCGCAUCAGCAUGAUUUGCGGUGGCACGGGCUUGACUCCGAUGUAUCAACUGAUCAAGGCUAUCCUGAAGUCAGACACCGAUAAUACGAAGAUCGCUCUAUUGUAUGCCAACAAGGUAUGACGUAGUUAUAUUACCCCUUCCGAAUCAAUGGCUUUCAUAAUGAUAUCACCUAUUAUGCGUUGUUGUUGUUCAGUUUUUGCGGAGAGAGGGGCGAUGGCUUUGUCGUCGAAGCUGAGGUGCUCGAAGUACUCAUGUCGG